AUAUGAUUUGUGUUUCCUAAAAUCCAGUUCUCAUCUAUCCAUAGUUGCCAGGUACACAACAAAGAAAGCUAAUUGGCUGUUAAAGUUAGUAAACUGACUUUCUGGGCUUUUAUGAAACAAGAACAAAGAACUGGUGACUUGAUAAAAGAGCAGUUUUGCUUUGAAUAUUGUAACUUCUCCAGUGUACCUUUCUCUGUGCAAAUAACUACUUCCUCAGUUUUCUUCUCAGAAGACAAAUAUAGCACCUGGUGGUCAGACAGAAACUUAUCGGCCAGUCAGUUCUCUAGGAAGAAGACAUCCUAUUUUAACUGUGGAGAAAAUGAUUUGGAUCUACAUGGUCAUCACAUUUCUGGCAAUGACAACUCUGGUAAAAGGGCAUCUGAAGUGCAACUUUACUGAAUCUACUGAAAACAAGCUGUGUGUUGGACAACUUGGGAAGCCACUGACUUUUCACCUGCCCGUGGAAACAAAUACAAAGAAAAAGUUGACACACGACAGCUGUGUCAUUAUCCGCAUAACAAAUGAUUCAGAAGCAUCAAUUAUGGAUUUCAAAGGCAAAGAACGUUUUACAUAUUUUAAUAAAGGGUCAUUCCAGCUCAACAAGGCAACAAAGGCAGAUUCUGGGAGUUACACGUUGGAAACAUAUAAUUUUACCAGUGGUGAGUUAUUGACCAAAACUGUCAUCCAACUCGAAAUACAAGCUCCUGUGUCUAAACCAGUUGUGUCUCAGACAUGUUUGUCACUAGAACAGAUGAAGGUCAGCUGCUCCUCUGAGGGAGAUGGAGCAGAGAUCAUUUUAUCUUUGGAUAAUAACUUAUUGAUACAAAGGAGAGCUACAGCAAAACAAAAUGCCUUAAGCGUUGUUGUCAGUUUACGCAGUGAACUGAUAGGAAACCUGACAUGUGAUGUGCAAAACAACGUCAGCAGAGAACAAACAGUCAUCCAGCUCACAAGCUGUUCUAGUUCAGUUUUAGGUCACUUGUCAGUCACUUUGGUCAUUGCUGUGAUGGCAGGCAUUGCAUUUCUAUUUCUCUUCCUGGCUGUGGUUGUCAGUAUAAAGCAUUGUAAAAAGACACCAAGCCCUGUGACUGAAGGUAAGAGGCACAUUAAAUGUCUUGCCAAAUUUUGCAUGUAACUGUUUAGGUGAG